AUGAAAACCAAUAAUGAGCCUUCUCUAUUCAAAUAUCGAGUACUUUAUCUAAUUCUUAUCUUAUCUCUUAGGUCCUUGAAUAAAAGAAUAAGAAGAUUAUUCUUGAGGCUGAUGAAGAUCAAUUCAACUCUUUUGCUAAUGCACUCUCUAUUAUUUAAAGAUUUCAUGACGAUAUUAAAUAAUAACUCAACCCUUAAUAACAAUCAUCUAGAAAAAUACGAGGUAUCUCUUAUUACUAAUUAUUCUUAGUCAAUUCUGAUUCUGAGAAAUCUAACAAUGUUUCCCAUCCCUAUCCAAAUCCUGAUAUCAAAGAAGAUCAAGACUUUCGUAGGUAUUCAUCUAUACUCUCUAUAUUUUUUAGACGUAUCCCUCAUUUCUUCUUAUCUCGUUUCAAAAAGUGGGCAAAAAUGAUGGAACAAGAUGCUGCUUAUAAAUACUUACAAAAUGUUCAAGAAUCUAAAGUAUUUUUAAUAUAUCUAUUUUAGACAUCCAAAUAAUAACGAUUUGAAUUAGGAGAUUUAUAGAGAUGCUUUUAAGUUUAAGUUAAUGAACCUAAAGAAUCUAAACUUUGCAAAAAUUUACUCAAAGAUCUCUUCAUCUCCUUUCUAUAAAACGAAGCCACACUAUAAAUCAUUCAUUACAAUAAAAUUAGCUCAAUCGAAUAAAAAGUACAAUGUGGAAUUUUUUAAAUUUUAGCAUAAAUAUAUUGCAGAAAUUAAAAAUAUGAUUCAAGAGAUGUAUGAACUCAAACCUUUUGAUUCUUAUCUCUCCUCUGAAAAAAUUAAAGGCAAAAAAACUAUCAAUAAUAAUAUAUGUCAAUCACCAAUUUAAGAAAAGUAAGAAGAACAAAGAGAUGAUUUCCAAAUUCCCUAAAUUUAAGAAAAAUACUCUAACGAAAGUUUUAAAAAAUAUAAUCAGGCACCUUCCCUUGUCAAAAUGAAUAGUUUCUAAUGA